AUGGGUGUGUUUUAUGGAAGUAUGGUGGGCAAGAGCUUGGGGCAGCGUCUUACCUGUUUGUCCCUGGUGACUGCAGACUUCCAGGAGUGCAGUCGAAGUUGUGGGGUGCGAAAUGUCGCAAAGUCAGCCCCGGCGGAGAGCGGGACGAGGCGGGCGUGUUCCCGCAGCGGCCUGGCCCGCUGGGAAGCGGUGGCAGCAGCAGCCCGCGGAGGACAAGGCUCUGCCGGCGCGGACAGGGGCCGAGCGGAGCAGCGCUCCCCGGGGGCGUCGUGUGUGAGCCGCCCGGCGACCACAGGCCCGGGGGGGCCGCUCGGCCGAGGACACGCCUCGGCUCGAGCCGCCUCCCGGCCUCCCCUGGCCUUCCGCCAGGGCCGCCCGCCGCCCUUCCUCCUCUGCCCGCGCCCGAGCGCCCGGCCGGGCCCCGAGCCCGCCCGUGGCGUGGGCUGGCGCGGCCGCGCGGGCGGGGCCCGGCGACAGCUGGAGGAGCGCUUCGCCGACCUGGCGGCCAGCCACCUGGAGGCCCUGCGCGCGCGCGACGAGCGGGACCGGCAGAACGCGCGGCUGCGCGAGGAGAACGCCCGCCUGCGCCUGGAGAACCGGCGGCUCAAGCGCGAGAACCGCAGCCUCUUCCGCCAGGCCCUGCGGAGGCCCGGCGACGGCGGCGACCCCGACGCCGCGGACGUCCGCGCCGGCCCGGGCGAGCCCGCCGCCCACCGCAGGGCCGCGGCCGGAGGCCCCGACGACGAGCCGGGCAGCCCCAGGGCGCUGCGCGCCCGGCUGCAGAGGCUGGAGGUCAUGUACCGCCGCGCCCUGCUGCAGCUGCACCUGGAGCAGCAGGCCGCGCGCCCGCCGGGGGACACCGAGCAGCCGUCGCCCCGGAAAACGGCCACCGGCCCGCGCGCCCAGGACCCGGACGUUCCCGGGCCCUGGCCAUAGCCGGACCGCGCCGCGCGGCGGGAGGGGCGGGGCCUGUGUGCGGACCGCCCCCUUGGCGCCACGCCCCUCUCAGCACGCGGAAGCUCGGGACCCGUGCUCCCCGGACCGAGGCCCCUCCCUAGGCCACUUCCGGGCGUCACAUCCGUCGGCCUGCGGGAUGGACAGGAGAAGGAGCCUCCAAGUUCCCACGUGUGCGCGGAGCAACUGCCAAGGACCCUGCUAGUGUAGUGAGAGAGGCCUAGCGACUCCAGGGCAGGCUUUCAGGCAGCAAGAACUGGGUGCCUGGCAGCAUCUCCUAAAUUCUUGAAGGUUUCAAAGUGUUGUGAGGACCAGUUUAUCUUUCUUUUUUUCCCCUCCCAGUUUUUGAUACCCUGAAGGAUGAACAGUGUAUUUGAGUUGGUUAAUGCCUCUUCAUUCUUCUGUCCCUAAACUCUCUGCUAUUAUCUCUUAUAUGACCCACAUUUUGAGUAUGUUUUAUAAAUUGGUAUUACUUGGAUAUCCCAUAAAGUACUACCUUUUUAUAGAGAAGAAAAUAUUUAUAACUGACCAUCACUCAAAUCAACAUAUGUUUAAUAUAUUCUGGUGCGUUGACCUCCAGAGACGUUUUUAGAGUAUAUUCUGACAGGUGAUAAUUUGAGUUGAUAAAUAAAACUGGUGCA